AUGAAACUCACAGUUGUUGUGCUGUCAUCAAUCCUGGCCGUCUGUUCGGUUACUAUUGCUGACCCAGUCAAUCCCACUGCGACCACAAGUACCCAAUCUAGCUCGGCAGCUCUUCCCAGUGCAACUACAGGCACUUAUCCUGACCCUUGGAUGGCUCCCAAUGCACAAGUUACAAAUUCAGUUGACUUUAGUAGACUUCCAGAGAGUACUAUAGAUUUGAUCCAAGAAUACGCACGAGUGAAGGAAAGUUAUGAGCAAACAUAUGGAAUGUACGAAUCGCUAAAAUUGGAAAAAAUUGACCAAGAGCAAUGGACAAAAUUGCUAUAUAAAAAGCUAAAGUAUUCGAGUCGCAAGGUUCGCAAGGUUCGCAAAGACAAGUAUGGUUUAAUGUACAAGAAAGAGCUUAAAGAGUUUAGAGAGCUUAAACUUGAAAUCGAAACUCAAAAUGGCAUUCUUUUCGAACUUCAAAAAAAGUGUAUGGAUUUUGGCUCUAAAUAUUUUGAACUUCGUUGGAAAUUUGCUAAAAUACAAGUAUUACUCGUGGAGUGCUUGUAUGGCAAGCAUAUCAAUUAUGAAUCAAUUAGUUACUACCUGGACUAUGUGGAAUCAAAUCCCGAGUUUAUGAAACUUGUCGACACACUUCGCAGUUCCGUACCAAACCAACAGUCAGGAUCUGUGCAAGCCUCUACUAGUGGUAUCCAGGAUUCACAACUUUAUGAAAGUUUAUCAUCAUCAUCAGAUGAUGAAAUGGAGUUUUUGGAUGAGACGUACUCGCCAUAA